UUGACUCAGAUGUAGAAAUUUUGGAAAACAACAGAGAAAAAAUGACUAAAUUUACAGAUUACGAAUCAGAUAUUGAUUCUCCUGAUGAACAUUUAAAGGAAACUUGCAAUAAAACAAAAGGACAUCCCGAAACCUCUGCUCCAUUUAAUGAUAUUUUUCCUAUCUUGAACAAUAACGGGAAGGGUGAAGUUGGCACUCCCUUUAAGCAGAGUUAUAAUUUCACAAAGAUUUCUCCACGAAUAGAUUCCAGCACGUCUCAGAUGAGUGAUGGCAUUGAUUCACAACCAAGCUGUAGUACUCCAGUCAGUAAUGGUAAAAAUCCUAAAAGAGUUGAUUGUCCAGUCUGUGGUAUAAGUGUUAGAGAAGAGGUAGUCAACAGACAUCUCGAUAAUUGUCUUAAUAAAUCAGAAAAAAAGGAAAGCCUCAGAAGUUCAAGAAAGAAACCGUUAACCAAAUUGGUGUAUAAUUUGAUGAGUGAUAAGGAUAUCCGCAAGAAAUUACAAGAAAUUGGUCUGUCUACAGAGGGGAUCAGACAGGAACUAAUAAAACGCCAUCAAGAUUUUAGUCUCUUACAUAAUUCUGAUUGUGAUUCAUUAAAUCCUAAAACAACGAAAGAACUUAUAAAGUGUUAUGAGAAAAGUGAAAAGUUAAAACAGAAAUUAGCUGCUACCAGUACCAUAAAGGGUUUGAAUAUUGAUAAAAAUGCAGAUGCCACUCAAAUUAGAAAAGUACAGAAAACAUAUGUCAAAAAACAUAAAAAUCAAUUCACUGAUCUGAUUGAACAAACCAAGAAAAGGAUGUUAGAAUCGAAAAAACAUAUGAAAAAAAUAGACAGAAACAACCUGCCUAGUGUCAAUGUAUCAAGUAAUGAAAAUAAAUCUACUAUUUUAACAGAGAGCAGUAUUAAUAAUGUUGAAAGUUUGCUUCCUGCACCAUUGUCACAAUUAGAAAAUGGUGUUCAAUCCACUGUAAUUGAUCCAGACUUAAAUUCAAAUUUCCUUCAAGAUAUCCCAACUAAAGGUAUCUUAACCCGACAGAUUUCAACAUCAAGCCAUGGAUCAUUUGAUUUAUUUCCGGAUAAUGACAUAGAUUUAACCUACUCUGACAAAAAAAAAUAUUCGGAUGAAAACAGAUUGAAAAAUGGUGAUGACAAACAUGAAAGUGGUUGUAAAUCACUGUGUAGGAAGUCAUUAUUUAGCCAUCAGACUUUAGGUAAAGUUACGCCUCCUACAUCACCGAGAAAAAAUGCAUAUAGAAUUGAUCAUUAUUUUUCACCAUCGCCAGAGAAGAUAAGUUUUAAAAUGUCUCCGUUUAAAGGCUGUUAUGUUGAUGAUAGUGGAUCUGAAAAUGGUGACGUCAGCUCUGUAAGAAAUAUUAGUCAAAUUAUUGAUAAUUCUCUAUGUACAACAGAUGAACAUGUAUCAGAUUUAUGGCCAGCUCUAACACAGAAAUCUGAAUCAACCAACAAUGAACCAGAUAAUAUUGAUACAUUAGACAAUAGUGAUGCUACUUCUGAUAUUAUUCCUGUUAAAAUUAUGGAGCCCCCAUCACUAGAUGUUAUCAGAAGACCAACUAGAUCUUCUAUACAAAAACAAAAAGAAGAGGUUGUUAGAAGAAGUGGUAGAAGAAAAAGACAAGAUGAAGACCAGGAAGAAACUAGACCAACAAAAAGACAAAAAAGAUAAUAAAAAAGACUAGCCAAGUCAAUCUAGCACAGAUACUGAGUAACCUUAAACAAAUUGCAAUAAAGGGAAUAACACUGAUUUUGACAGAUAUAGGUGCAAAAUUGAAUAAAUCAAAAGUAUAGAAAAGUAUAGAUAACGAAAAUGUGACAAUUGGAUCUACCGUAAGUGGUGUUUGUCUUGGCUUGUUUUUAUUGGUUUGUCAUAGUUGUAUUUCAUCACAUACACACACAUUAAAUACAUGUCUGACGUAGAGAAAUAUAAACCUGUCCAUGGCGCUAUCAAAGACAAACAGAUGAAUGAUUUAUUCUGAAUAUUUUUUUACAAUAUUCAAGACGACGGCCUUCUUCCAGCAAGUAAAAUGAUCGUGCACUCUUCUUUCCCCGUAACAAUGAUGGUAUUUCACAUACGCUAACUGUUUACACCGAUGACGCAAAAGCCGUUUUUGAACACUGUUGAAGAUACGAUCUAUCACUGAACACGAUAUAACAAGAGUACUAUAGUAUCUAGGUUACUUUUAACGUUUCAAGCCAGGGAUAAUUUCGUAAAAUAUAACUAUAAACAUCCAGAUUUAUUAGCAAUGAUUGUGGGUUACGAUAUUAAAACUUUUAACUGUUUAAAGCAAAGAAAAAAAUCGUAAAAUAUAACUAUAUAUAGCAGGCUUCGUUAGCAAUAAAUGUGGGUUACGAUAUUAACUUAGCCAUAUUUAAUCUUUAAGUGGCAUUUAGCCAUCUGGAAACACAUUAACAGAACACAGUUUUAUGGGAAAGAAUCACUAGUUUUAUUCUAAAAGCACGACGUUUGGACAAGUAUCCUCUUUUGGGUAUAAAGCACAAGACAUUAUUUAGUAAACUUGAGGUUAAUAUAUAAGAUAGCCAUAUUUGAUCUAUCUCAUUGAUAGUAGCAGCAGAGCAAAAAUUGACUGUGGUCAGUCUGAUACCUAAGCAGUUCUUCUCAACUCAUUAGAUUGUUCAUCCAUGCUGUCAUCUUCAAAAUUGAUCGGCAUUGAGAUCUACAGCUGACUCCUCGACAAUGCCCACAGCCCGGUGAACAUCUAAGUCCAUGCUUUAUACAACGGCAUCUUGAGGAAGCGCAAUCAGUUUUACAAUUGCAGUAAGCAACUCGAAGCAAGUCUACUGAGCGUGUAUAAGUGAUACAGGCGACCAUGGCGUAAUUCCUAUCCCUAGUCUUAAGGUAGCAUGUCUUUUGGUCGGUCUCCCAUCCAGUUGCUAACUUGAUAGUAGAAUCGUAAAGAGUGUUUUUUUCGGUCGCUGUUGGAGCCAAGUUUUUUGUAAAUUUCUCACAGAAACGCGUAUAACGCAUUCUGUCCAGACGAGGAUCUGGUUCACCAUGGUAGUGUGACACCAUUAUUUGCUCUCCAGAUGCCAUGAUUUCUGCCUUUGUUGGUUGGCUAUUGAAAGCUGAUGCACAUCUUCGGAACUCUGCAUUCGUUUGUAGUUUAUGCAAUGCCAAUACCAGGCACCCGGGAUGAAGUGUAAAAUGCAAAAAGAGCAUGUGCAAAAAGAAAAUUUAAUAUUCACGGAAAACACAGUAUGUGUGUCCAUAUACCUUUAUAAGUUACCUACACAUAUUUAAUAUCAUACAAACAAUCAUUAAAAACGUGACCGUUCAGACUAAAGUUUUUGCUCAACAAGAGUGUCAUGGUUGAGUGGUAAAAAUUACCCAUUGGCGACGUCAACAUAAGCGCCUUGCUCGACACUUAUUCUUUAAUGCUGCACAUUGUAUAUGAACGUUUUGGGGAUCACUGUGUUGCUUACCUGAAUAAGAUUAAUGUCUCCUAUAGUCGAUUUAGAACCGUUUCUUACUUUGGUGCAAGUAAUUCCGCCAUGUUGACGUUUGUUUCAUCUACGGUGACCCAUUGGCUUCUGAAUAUUUUUAGAUUAAAAUUUUUCAAGUUUUUGUAUAGUGUGUGUUUCUAUACCUUUGGUAUGUUAUUUAGGAAUAUGUUGUGUGUAGAUAAAACUGGUAAUUAUUUUAUUGCAAUUUGUUUAAUGUCGAGACAUGUAGUGACUGGACUAAUUGUUCUGUGAUUGCUAUUGAAAUCUUAUAUUAUUGAAAACAGAGUCUCAUUUCAGUCCUAUUUACCUGUCUUGACUGACUGGCAGGGAAAUUGACCAAUUGGAAAACUUACGUGUUAAUCAAUUUACAGGUCAUAAAAUUGGAAUUUCAAAGAAUUUAACCGUAUAACACAAUAAAUAGCCUACAGUUAAAUUUACCCAUCUUCAUUGGCUUGGUUGGUUUAGUCAGUAGUAAAGUAGGAUUUUUUAUAGUUUUUCUAUAAAAACCCUAAAAAAAAUUGUCAUAAAGUUAAAAUUUCUCAUUCUUUAGAAAUAAUAUCUUACUAAUCAGAAGUAAAGAAUAUAUUCUGGUUCUCAAGAUACCACUUGUUCAUUAUUAAAAUAUUGUGUUUCCAUUUCUCUGUAACUAUUUAUUACAGUAGUUAUUUAAUCUACACUGCCGUCUACAAAAUUUCUACAUUAUUGAAAUAUUUUAUUUUCCAUGUUUUAUCUGUAAAUAUUUAUUACAAAAAUUAUUUGUACAAAUAUGGUUAAUAUUAAUAAUAAUGAUAUUAACUACUACACUGCCGUCUACAACAUUUGUUCAUUAUGGAAAUAUUUAGGUUUCCAUAUUUUCUCAGUGUAUAUUUAUUUGUAUUUAUAUUUAAUAAUAAUAGCUACAUAAUACAUGUACUGUAAUAUAACACGAGUAUAAAUUUUUAAAUUUGUUAAUACAUGUAUAUAGUUCUAUUUUAAAAAGUCACUGUUGAACCUGUCAUGUUUGAGGAAAUGGAAGGAAUUCCCCCAGGACCUUAAAUAUUUUGGGGGUUUCUGUUGUAUAUCUUUUCUGGGUAUACAUAUCUAAUUGUAUUGUUCGUUUUGUCUACUGGCUUCAUUUUAUCCAUAGAAUUGAAACAAAAUGUCUUAUACCUACAGGCACAAUUUAAGCUAUAUUAAAUCAUGUGGAUCACUGUACAUGAUUGUUGUCUUGUUAGGUUGUAUUCCUAACAAAGUUCUGAAAGCAUUUACAGACCACUUGUGUAAUCUUUAUUCCACAAAAUAGAAGCUUAAAAGAAACAAAGUUUUCAUCAGAUGAAACUUAGUUGAUGAAUAUGUACAUUUACACACAGUAUUUCCUAAAAUCAGUUGGGUGUUGUGUUACAGGAUUGUUUUUCUUUAAACACAAACUGAUGUUUUAAAUUUUAAGAAUCUGUUCGGAAGAUGAUCUAUGAUGUUGAACUAAUAUACAGUAACCAUUUAACUUGAUAAAUUAUAUCUUUAUG